GAUUCAAGCACGUGCAGAAUCUGCGUUAGAAGUGCUAAAGCAGACUUUGGCGUUAAAAACGAAGGUUUGGCAUGAUGGAAAAUUAGUCAACUUGGAUACUACGAAAUUGGUUCUGGAAUCUUCAGAAUACUUGAUGGUGGAUCAAUCGGCAUUGACUGGUGAAAGUUUACCGGUACAUCGCAACAAAGGAGAUGUUGUAUAUUCAAGUUCUAUAGUUAAGCAACAAAUGUUGGCUAUCAUUGUCAAAACUAGAAAAGAUACAUAUAUUGGACGUGCCGCUGCGCUUAUGAACAUGGCUGUGGAUCAAGGCCAUUUUCAAAAAAUUGCGGUCAAAUUUCAAAAUACAAGUUCUGCAGCCAAAAAAGUAAUUAUUAGAUGUUUAGCAGCUAUUGAAGAAUUGGCUUCUGUCUCUAUUCUUUGUUCUGAUAAAACUGGUACACUUACCCUUAACGAACUAUCCACUAAUGAUUCAUGGCUGGCUCCUUCCUAUACGGAAUCUAACCUUUUUUUGCAUGCAUAUGUAUGCUCUGACCCAGGCACAGAUGAUACUAUAGAAUUAGCUAUUAGAGAUACGGCAGAAAAAAAACUUGACAUUUUAAAAAAUCGUAAAAAUGAAUAUGAAGUUCCUGGUUUCAAGGUUAAAUCAUUUGUUCCUUUUAAUCCUUCAAAAAAAUUAUCACAAGUUACAGCAAUAGACCUUGAAAUGCAAAAAGAAAUUCAAAUAGCCAAAGGUGCACCACAAGUUAUAGUACAACUUGCAG